AUUCGGAAUUUGAAUUAGAAAAGGAUGAACAAGAAGUUGAACCAGUAGAACAAGAAUUCGAAUUAGAUGAACAAAUAUCUGAACUAGAUGAACAAGAAUUUGAAAUAGACAAACAAGAAUUUGAAAUAGAUAAACAAGAAUUUGAAAAGGACAAUUAUG